AUGAAUUCAACUUUCUUCGGCAAUUUAUCCCAAAACUUCUUGAGCCUUCUUGAAAAGAACGAUGAACAUAAUGUCAUCAUUGAGACGGGCGAGGAUUCUCACCCUUUCAGGGCGCAUACUUCUGUUCUCUGUUGUCGUUGUCCGCAACUCUAUGAUGAGUUAAAGAACGUCAAGGAAAACACCAAGAAUAUUAGGAUUGUUAAGAAACCGAAUAUCUCGACCAAGGUCUUUGACAUCGUUAUCAAAGAUGACUUGACUCUGCUUCAAAAUUUCUAUAAUGAUAUUAUAUUGAGAAAACCCGAAGUUAUAUUUGACUCUGGCGAUUUCAAAAAGCUUGAUGAAGCUACCUUGGCUUCUAUUCUUAAACGGGACGACUUACAGCUUGAGGAAACAAAAAUAUGGAAUCAUCUGAUUGAAUGGGGGAUUGCUCGAACCCCUGAUCUACCCGAGGAUGUCAAUAAAUGGAAAAACAAGGAUUUCGAUGCUCUCAAGGAGAGGCUUAAACUUUGCCUACCACACAUUCGAUUCUUUCAAAUUCCCAUCGAAAAUAUUAGUCCUUAUAAACAAAUCCUUGAUCCUCAACUUUGGAUUGAUAUUUGGAGUAAGUCAAAUAUGGUACCCGAUCUUCAGAUUGUUUCAUCGAUUCUCCCCCCGAGGAAUAUUUUAAGCAAACAAACUCUCGUCGAGAAUGUGUCUAAUAUAAUGACGAACGAGCAUAUAGCAGAAAUAGCAUCAUGGAUUGAUAAAAAGGAAUCCCCGUAUAAAAUUACCGAGAAUCCUUAUGAACUCAAGCUAUUAUUGCGCAAAGAUGGUAAAAAUUUUUCGAUCAAUGAUUUUUGGAAGUCGUGCAACAGGGAGCAAAACUUGAUUGUAAUUUUGAAAGUUCGUGAGACCAACGAAAUUCUUGGCGGGUACAACCCCAUUGGCUGGUCCAUUCCAAGCGAUGAUUGGCACUACGCCAAGACAUAUGGUAGUUUCAUUUUUUCAUUGAAAAAUGGUAACAUGAAGAGAUCCAUUUUAAGCAAAGUCAAGCAUGCAAAAGCCGCGAUCAUCAACAACCGAGAUUAUGGUCCUCGAUUUGGAGCUACCGAUCUAAGUAUGUAUGUGGGCCCGCGGAGGGAGUUACUCUAUUUUUGUAGACAACAAAAUUAUGAAAAACCUAUUAGAAACUCGGCGCAAAAUUUCGACAUCAGUCAUAUAGAAGUUUUCAAGAUUUCCAAAAAUUCUAGGACCGAAACGAGCAACAAAUUAUGCGCGUAA